GUCUACUGCUCAGCUCUCGACAGCUGCAAACUGAAAUCAGCAAUUGUGGGUCUUCUGAUUGUACAGUGUUAUUUAGCCUAGCAAUUUUCCGCACAGAGAUAUUACCGAAACCGGGUCAGUCCAAGCCAAGAAAGAGAAAUUACAGGGUUAUGUUUAGGUUUUCCACGUUAUUUUUCGGCACAGCAUUUCGGCGUACCGAAACAUCCCGUCCCUCUCAACUAACGGUACCAGUCGGUACCAGUCGACCAGUCGUACCCGAUUGGAUAAAAUGUGUUGCCUAGCUGCGGCAGUCAACAUACCGAGCUAACACAACGACACAACAUUCAGUUGCCUUGCCUCUACCCUCUACUGGCCCACAGUGUCCGGUUGCGAAUAUGUUACAGGAAUGGAAAAUCAAGCAAUCGUUAGACAUUCACGCUGGUGAUGUUACCGGUUGCGAUUUUUUCGAAGAUACUUUAGCAACAUGUUCCAACGACAAAACUGUUAGACUCUGGCGCUCUGAUGCCAUAGGUCGCUUUGCUGAAGAAGAGUUUUCCCCACUUUUGGGGCACAGGUACGGUGUGAAUGCUGUGCGAUUCUCGCCCCUUGGAAGUAUCCUCGCAUCCUGUUCGAUAGACGGAACUGCCAUCCUUUGGAACACUCAGAGAGGGGAACAAGUAACGCAACUGCAACACCAGAGUGCUGCAGCGUUACGAGCUUGCUGCUUUUCACUAUCUGGUGCCCUUCUAGCAACGGGAGGGGAUGAUGAGACACUUGUUCUUUGGGACCUCAGCACAAGAUCAAUCAUAAGGAGCCUGGAAGGGCACGUAGCUAUGGUGGCCGCAUGCUGCUUUUCCCCCGACAGCUCAUUUCUAGUCUCAGGUGGGACAGGUGGAGACCUCAAGCUCUGGGAUGCAAGAUAUGGUCAUGGAAAGUGUCUGUUCACAAGGGCAGAGGCUCAUGACUUGGGAGUCAUGGGCUGUGAUUUCAGCCCCCAGUACGAAGCAAGCUCUGCACAAGGGACCCUACACAGCACUUACAUCCUCGCCUCCUGCGGGAAUGACGACCUUGUGAAAGUGUGGAAGGUGCAAGUUGGGACGCACUGUGUCAUCACCCAUUGUUUCUCACUCGAGGGCCACUCCGGCAACGUUAUGUGUUGUCGCUUUUCACCUGAUGGGACCACUAUAGCAUCAUCGGCUGGAGACCACAGACUCAUUAUAUGGGAUGCAAUUACUGGGCAGCUUCUUCAGAAAUUGGAAUCACAGCAAGGGAAUUAUAUCCCUUGCUGUGCCUUCUCGAGUGAUGGAAAUAUUCUGGCAACGGGAUCUAAUGACCGGACAGUUCUAAUUUGGAGUCUUGGAGAGCCAGGGACGACAGAGGACGAAACCCCAUCAUCGGCAGAAAGCUCAAGGCCAAGUUCUGGUACAAGGCAUCAAGCACCAACCGCGCAUGGCUUGGCUGCCGUUGGAAAAUGGUCUGUGGGUGACGUCUGCGAUUGGCUCGAUAAAGUGGGGCUUAGCCAGUACAAGCCAGCUUUCCAGGAACAGUGCAUUGACGGGCAAGAGCUUCUACACCUCACGCACGACAGCCUCAAUACUGCGCUCAAGAUAGAGGCUCUGGGCCAACGGAACAGAUUACUGCGAGAGAUCCACACUCUCAAGAAUCCUUUAUGGCAACACUACAGCCUUCCAGAUGAUGAUGGAACACUUCCUGAGGAAUUCUAUUGCCCAAUUACUCAAGAGCUCAUGAAGGAUCCUGUAGUGGCUGCAGAUGGGUACACAUACGAACGGACAGCUAUCAUGCAGUGGCUGGAAAGUGGCAAAGACACCAGUCCUAUGACCAACGAAACGUUGGAGCACACCGUCGUCAUUCCAAACAGGACCUUCUACCUGCUGAUCCGUAAAUACCUUGCCUGAAGCAAUACGUGUCUGGACACGUAGUUAUUUUCCUUGCAGUUGCUUAAGCCAAAUUCUGCUUCAAACACUGCUUAUUGCUUAUUUGAAGUAUGUAAAGGCAGGGAAACUUAUAAUUGAAGACAUCAUUUAUGCAGCAAACUAUGUCACCUACACGUGCAAUCCUCAUCUUUCGCACCCUAUGAGCUGAUGCACCUAUUGGUUACUGGGGCUUAGGACUUUGUGCACAAAAGAAGGGCAGUGUUUGUGUGUAAAGAAUGUGCAGCGAACACUGGCCUUCUAGAAAAAUGUGCUGCUGCUCCGUAAGUCUUAGCGUUUGUUAAUUUAUGAAAAAUGGCAUUUGGUGGCUAAAACGACAACCAGAUUUUGCUCAGUUUGUGAGAACGCUUACUCACAAGCCAGACACAAAUGCAUGCCAAAUCUCUGCAUUACCUUCAGAAAGUAGCAUAUUAGUCUUUCCUGAGCAUAUUGCAAACAGUUCUAACUAAAACUACGCAUUUAUUUGUAGCACAAAGUGUAAUUAACGUAAAUCACCACUAUCUUCUUGUGUCCCGAUAAAAUGUGAAACGAAAAUACUGCAUUGGAAGUGCCAAGUCUGCAUGAAGUCCUGUGCCCUACGUGUUGCGCAGUUGUACGUGGUGUGUGCACAUAGAAUGAUUAUUGCUGUACAUCAAGCUGUGGCAUAGCCAGGAGGGGAGGGGAGGGGAGGCAAACUCCAACACAGAUUUGUACCUUUGGUAGUGCAUUUUGGAAAGGGAACACACAGGUGAAAUCUCUCCUCCCCAUCUAAAGUUCCCACAGAUCCCCUCCCAAAAUGCUUUUCUGGCUAUACUACUGGCAUCUAGUCACGCAGAAAAGUAGAUUUGAGUAUGAAUCUUUCACGUGAGUGAGUUAGCUGUAGAUAUAGAUAGAGCUGGUACGAGAACUGAUCAUCCAAUUCAGGGACUGAUUUGUCAGCAAAUGUGGACUUGCCGGCCAAUGUCUUUUCUCCCUCAGUGCCCCUGCGUUUGCAUGCAUUUAUUCCAGUACUUCUGCGACACAUUGAAAGCACCUCUGGUGGUCACAUCUUGUGAUUGAGGCAUGUUCCGGUCUUGCAUACGUGUGCCUUCCCACAUGAUACGGGAAUGGACUAUACACCCCCCACCAACACAUUCCACAAAACUCUCUUUUGUGCCCAACACUGCAUGUUGGAGCGCAAGAGUUCAGACAAACAAUCCCAGGUAGCAAACCCUCCAUUGCACAGUGGGAAUAAUCAUAACCACCCGCUUUUACCCUAUGUUGUCUUCAAAAGACUGGCGCCCACUUUUGAAAUGGGUAUACCGCCUAAAUGUCUACGGUCUACUUAGCAGGCCUCCCUAAAAGCUGCUUCUGGCAUUUUAUAAAUUUCAGCACCAGUUUUCACAAAAUGGAAACACAUCAAUUACGCACAUCCCAUGGAACUGUCUUGUUUGUGAUGAAAUACAGUGCACGCUGCACAGAGCCGUCGCGAGGCAUGUUUGCGCCCAAGGCAGGGUAAACAUGAAGUGCCCCCCCCCCCCCCACUUCCUUCAGAAUCUCUGUAAACAAAGAAAAGAAAAUGCUUAUUUGCUGAGAUCACUGAGAUAAACAAGCCCCGACUUACCAAAACGGUUUUCACGUGUCACCGUGAGACGUCUGGACACGCCAACUUUAAAAAUGACGAUAACGCUCGCCAUGUGCUAGUGCAAGAUUGGGGCCCUGAUUUCAAAGUUUUGCACAUGCACUAGCACGUAGUUCACAUGUGUCAUGCCUUAGUGCUGCCUGUAGUUUCCCAGAAAGAGAUCGGUCCCAGAAUUAAAUAAUCAGUCCCGAUAUUAGGAACCCAGGUCUUGGAAUCUUCACCAAUUCAUUUUGUGCCAUGUUUUAUUUUAUUUUAUUUUUUUCCAUGCCAUGUUUUUUGGCAUGUCUGAUCAUUCUUCAUUUACAUUUACAUCUACAUCUACAGGCCAGAAUAAUAUUUAUAUUUGGACAGAUGUAACAGUUCUGUUUUUGAUGUCAUGCACUGUUGUGGUACUCGGAUGAUUUACGUGAAAAACGAUCGAAAAGAUAACCAACGAAAGACAUGUUUUUCUGCUCAGAAUGCAAUGUCUGACUGUGUGUGUACGUUACUGUAUCAUGAUCACAUGACCACCUUAAGCUUCACUCAUUUCCUGUGCAGGUUCCCACUCUGCUUUUUUGGACAUUUUUUUGCCAGUUUCAAAUGAUGGAUGCUUUUUAAGUAUUUUGUGGGAAAUACAAAAUGGGAAAGUGCUUAUAUUCACACAGAAAAAUAAAUCACAGUUAUGUGAUGUGUUGUUAAGGCAAGGGCAUACAAGGAUGCUAACUCUGUAUUGUACAAAUGUUUAGUUUCAUUCCUGCACAUUUUGUGGCGUGAAUACUUAACCACAUUAUGAAGACAUAAUUCAUAACCAGGGCACAGAUGUUACACUACAGUCAGUAGACAUCAUACAAUUCCAAUCUUUUUUUCAAUGCUGCACGAAUGUAGCAAACAUGGUGUCAUUGACUAAAAAUGGAGCAUGUUCAUUAUUCUUGGAACAAGUAUUAACAUGAACCUUACAUCAACUCUAACAUAGCAGCAAAGCAGACAGCUUAAAAUUAUAAAGCAUACAACUUUUUAGGGUGCAUCUAAAGACAAGUUGGGAACUUUUCUUUAAUCAUCCAAUGUGAUACAGACUACUUUCCAUACCACACAUUAGCAAAAGUGAGAUGUUGCGAUUCGUUUUGAUACCACAUACAAGAGCUGAUUAUGUGUUUUUAUUGCUAUAAUAGGAGUUGUGCAAUUUAUCUGCUGCAUUAUCAGCUGCAUUAUCAGCUAUUUUUAUGGCACUUAUGUGGUUAAUCUAGUCAGUCAUCAAAAUAAACUCAGAUUUGUUCA